CCCAUGCCCCCCACAUAUUGUAAACGGUACAAAGAAGCUGCCCCAAGUAGUUAUAUCUUUUUCCCUAUCAACAACCACCUUCCUUCUCCAUUCCUCUCAUAAAAAGUCAUAAUUUGGUGAUCUUAUAAGUCGGAAAGCCCAACCCAUUUCUCCAUUCCUCUUCCUUCACUGCAAUCACCUCUUCAAUGCACCAACCCUUCUUCCAUCCAAGCAAGAUUUAACAUUCACCUUCUACAGAAUCUAUAUCAGAUAGAUAGCUAGCUAGACGGUAUAUCCAUCAUAUUUGCAAGCAUCUCUUCAAAUGAAUCCCAUCUUCUCCGGUUUCUUCUCUCGGUGCUCGGCUCUCGUCUUGAUUCUACUCUUGAGAGGUGUUUCGGGGACCACGUUUGCGAUCACAAAUAGAUGUGAUUUCACGGUGUGGCCUGGAAUACUAUCCAAUGCGGGAAGCUCCAGAUUGGAAACUACCGGAUUCGAACUCUCUUCCGGCGGGUCUCGUUCCCUUGAAAUUCCGGUAGGCUGGUCAGGGAGGUUCUGGGGCAGAAGCGGUUGCACAUUCGACGCCACCGGCCACGGGAACUGCACAACCGGGGACUGCGGCUCAGGCCAGGUGGAGUGCAACGGUGCUGGCGCAAUCCCUCCGGCGACUCUAGCCGAGUUCACAAUCGGCUCCGGGAGCCAGCAAGACUUCUACGACGUCAGCUUGGUAGAUGGCUACAACCUACCCAUGAUCGUGGAAGCGAGUGGUGGCACCGGCUCAUGCGCGUCAACGGGCUGCGUCAACGACUUGAACCAGCAGUGUCCGGCGGAGCUGAAGGCCAACGAGGGCCAGGCGUGUAAUAGUGCAUGUGGGGCAUUUGCGAAACCGGAGUACUGUUGCAGCGGUGCGUAUGGAUCACCGACGACUUGUAAACCGUCGGUGUACUCAGAGAUAUUCAAAACAGCAUGCCCCAAGUCGUAUAGCUACGCUUACGACGACGCUACGAGUACAUUUACGUGUAGCGGAGCAAAUUAUAUGAUUACAUUCUGCCCUUCAUUGACAAGUCAAAAGUCUUCAAGGGAUUCAUCCCCGGUGACCACAGGAACCCCGGCAGCUGGGUCAUCAGCGGAGGACCCGACGGUGCUCAAUGCUCCAUGGUUAUCAAACUUCAUCACUGGGGACUCCUCCAGGACCCUUUCUUCUUUUGCACUGCAUUCUACAUUGAUUGCUUCUGCAAUUUCCUCUCUCCUUCUCUUUUUUCUUUCUUUAUAGUUUCUCUGUCCAUUCAUAUCCAGCUUUAGCCUUUAGCAUUGGUGGGUUGGGAUCUGCAACAUCAUUUUAGACCCCAAUUUUCCAUGUGCCACAUGUAUAGGCGAUUGAAUUUUCAUUCAGAAACACUGAAAUAUAUAUAGAUAUAUAUAUAUAUGUUAAUUUUCGUUGUUUUUUCUC